CCCGCCAAUUGUCACUCCAUUUUUGGUCAUUUCUUAGCGGCACAUUACAGUUUCGCUGCACUCCUCUUUUUGAUCUCUUUCUUGAUCUCCCUUUCGAUCCAAUCGAGGCCACGCACAUUCGCUUGUCACACUGUUGCACACACACGCGCGCGCAGGGGUUGGCAAAGAAUGAAGCUGACGCUGUGGCAGAUUCUCGUGACGUGCUUCUACACGGGGUGCUAUCUGGGCGUGGGCUUGGUGAUUGGCAGCCUCGGACCGACCAUCCCGACGAUUGCGACUGCGCUCAACACGACCGAGGCCGACCUGUCUGCCGUGUUCUUUGCGCGCGGUGGCGGGUGGCUGACUGGCUCGUUUGCGUCCGGCUUCCUGUACGACCGCGUGCCGGGCCACUAUGUGCUCUCCGUGGCCAUGUUCUUCAUGGGGCUCGGGCCGUUCCUCAUCCCCUUUGCCAUCGAGCACGGCAAGGUCCCGCUGCUCUCCUGCUUUACGCUGCUCGGUCUCGGCGGCGGCUUUGUCGACGUCGGCGCGAAUACGCUCAUCGGAUGGCAGCAUGGAGACGCAGUAGGACCGCACAUCCAAUUCCUACAUUUCGGAUUUGCGCUGGGCGGCGUGGUUGCCCCCGUCAUCACGGCACAGGUACUGACGUCGAGCGACCAUGGCGGGGAUGAGGCGCUCAAUGUCGAAAACUCCCUGUUUGCCGUCAAGUGGACCUACUGGGCACUCGCCAUCUUGUGCAUACCAUUUGUCCUGAUUGGCAUCAAGUUCAAGAGCCCCGUGCGUCGCGUCGCCGAGGUCGGCAACGGCGAAAAGGUCCCGAAAUCGGUCGUCGUGCUCAUCACGCUCCUCUUGUUGUUCUACGUCUCGCUCGAGAUUGGAUUUGGCGGCUGGGUGUCCAGCUAUGCGCUCAACCUCGAGCUGGAGGACGAAAUCGUCGCGCCGUACUUGAACUCGGCCUUCUGGGCGGCCAUCAUGGUUGGACGGUUGGCGGGCGUUCCCCUAUCAUCACGCAUGUCGGCAAAGACCAUGCUCCUCGUCAACAUGGUUGGGUCGUUGGCGGCUUCCAUCCUGCUCGCCAUCACGCAGCCCAGCUCCAUUGCCCUGUGGGUGCUCUCGACCUUCCUCGGCCUCAGCCUCUCCUCCGUGUAUGCCACAGCCGUCUCAUACCCCACCACGCUGGGUAUGGUCGUCGCAGGUUUCGACACAAUGUGGUUUGUGAUUGGGUCGUCCGUGGGCGAGAUGGUCUUGCCCGCGCUGUUUGGGCCCAUCUUUGAUGCUCUGGGAUACGAAGCCUUGCCAUACGCUCUCAUCAUCCUUGCAGUGCUGCAGUUUGUCUGCCUGCUGGUCAUGUUCCGCGUGCUCGGCUCUCGGCGGGUGGUGCGUCGCCUCGAUGGCGAUGGCGUCCCGCUCGGCGAAGUUUCCGUGCAAGAGUCCUCGUUCCAGCUCAAGGUCCCAUUAGAGACGUACGAGCUGCAGCACAGCGUGUCUUCGGAUGGCACAAGCAUUGGCGCCAUCAAUGGGCAGCGUCUGCUUGAUCGUCGCGGAUCCACGAGCUCCACAGAGAGCUUUGAGGACGACGAGCCCGCUCGAGGUCUCGCCACAGUAGGAGCGGAUGUCAAGGAUACUGGGAAGUACAGUCUACUACAUUAGUGCCCGUAUUCUCCCCUCCCCCCAAGAAGAUUUUUGCAGACCCGCCGUACCAGUACGAGCGAGGCAUCUGCGAUUUCAACAUUACGUUAUUUUGUUACUCUGUACUUGUAAUAGGUUUUGCUGUCUGUCGACGUGCCAAAUAAAACCCACACGCAACUCAAAACAAGCUGUUCGACAACCGGUUUGUUUUUAUUAACUGUAACUCUAUUGUACACACUGCAUGGCAUUAGAACAAACACAGAACAAAGAAAAG